AGGAACUUCUGUUCGCAGCCUCCUAGGCAGGCCCAGGGCGGGGCGGGGAAAAGCCGGCUCUGCCUGGGCGAGCCUCGCCGUCCAGCAGUCUGCGCUGAUUGGAGGCGGGGGGUCUCGAGGAGCCAAUCAGAAGUCAGGACCCGCGGGCUCGGAGGAGAGGCGGACCCAGGCGCAGGGAGUCCGGCGCGACCUCCCCGCGGCAGCGCAGAGUCCCGGGCUGCUGGAGAGCGGGAUCCGCCUCAGGACCUCGGGUCGUUGCGGCCCAGAAGGGCUGGACCGAGAUCCCAGGAUUGGGGCGUGGCACCGGAGAAGCCAUAUGGUCCAACCCUGACGCGACUUGUGUGGAGACCUUGGCAGAGGGAAGGUACAGCACCUGCCACUCCGAGCCAGAAAUAAUGUCAAGUGGAGAUGGUCAGCAAUCACAGGCUCUUACCAAACCCACUUUCAGUGAGGUCCAAGCCUCUGCAAUAGUGGAAUCGGUAUUUGGGUUAAAAGUUUCCAAGAUCCAGCCACUUCCUAGCUAUGAUGACCAAAACUUUCAUGUAUACAUUUCAAGAACCAAAGACACUACAGAUGGCCCAAGUGAAUGUGUCCUCAAAAUAAACAACACCGAGUCUAGCAAAACUCCAGACCUGAUUGAAGUGCAGAGUCACAUCAUGAUGUUCCUGCGAGCGGCCGGAUUUCCGACAGCCUCUGUGUAUCGUACUAAAGGAGACCACAUAACCUCUCUCACAUCCGUAGACAGUGGCUCCGAAAUCAAAAGCUACUUGGUGAGGCUGCUGACUUACCUCCCAGGAAGACCCAUAGCUGAGAUUCCCAUCAGCUCCCAGCUGUUAUAUGAAAUUGGAAGGCUAGCCGCCAAGUUGGAUAAGACACUGGAGCACUCUGAGGGCCAACAUGCUGGACAGAUGGGCAGAAAACCAGAAUGGAGGCAGGGAGUGCAUCCAGGAAGCCAAUGCAGUAACCAGAAUUUCCAUCACCCACAGUUAAGUAGUCUUCAUCGGGAGAACUUCAUCUGGAAUCUGAAAAACGUUCCUCUUCUGGAGAAAUACCUGUAUGCUUUGGGCCAGAAUCGGAAGCGGGAGAUCGUCGAACAGGUCAUUCAGCUGUUCAAGGAUGAAGUGAUGACCAAAUUAAGUCAUUUUCGAGAAUGUAUCAAUCAUGGAGAUCUUAACGACCACAACAUUUUAAUAGAGUCCAGCAAGUCAGCCUGUGGAGAUGCUGUAUACCAAGUGUCUGGGAUUUUAGAUUUUGAUGACAUGAGCUAUGGCUACUAUGUGUUUGAAGUGGCAAUCACCAUCAUGUACAUGAUGAUUGAAAGCAAGACUCCUAUACAAGUAGGAGGUCAUGUCCUCGCAGGCUUUGAAAGUGUAAUCCCACUGACACCUGCGGAGAAGGGUGCUUUGUUUCUACUUGUCUGCAGUCGUUUUUGUCAGUCACUUGUCCUGGCUGCAUACUCUUGCCACUUAUACCCAGAGAACGAAGAAUAUCUCAUGAUUACUGCAAAAACCGGGUGGAGGCAUUUACAGCAGAUGUUUGACAUGGGCCAGAAAGCUGUAGAAGAAAUCUGGUUUGAAACUGCCAAGUCCUACGAACCUGGGAUCUCCAUGUGACCAGAUAAAAAUUCACAUUAAUGUGGGUAAUUAAAAACCUACAGGACCAAGUCUAAUUCUGUAAAAAAAAAAAACCUGCACAGUUAAACAUGAAUUGAUGGAGCAGAUCAAUGCACAUGAAACCACUAAGGCCUUCUAGCAAUUUCACGACCAUUGGUUAAACCUAAGAAAGUUCUCCGGGAGCAAGCCUGUCUUUCCAUGGGUCCCACUCAUCUUGGUCUGAAACAUGCAGUGAUGUUUUGAAUCAGACGGUCUCUCAAGGUCUAUUCUAGCCCCAAGAUCAAUGAUUUUUUUUUAAACUUGAAAGGCAUACAUACAUAUAGAUAUAUUCACAUACUUUAAAUAAUUGGAUGUAACAUACAACCCUGGUUAACAUAUCACCAGUUCUAUGACACCUUCUCCCAUCUCUUUGUUCCUGCAAUCCCAUUGCAUCCCGUCUUCUUUAUGGCACCUCGCUUGGUAAAAUGGAUUAUGGCCGUGCAAUCUGCUAGUCUAGGAGCUAUCUGAGGGUAGAAACUAUGUUAAAACUUUUUUUUUUUGUCUCUCCCUUAUCCCUUCUUACGCCUGGUGUAGUGCAUUUCCCACCGUCUUUAAAAAUACUUGCAGAAUGAAUGUAUGCUAGAAGAAAGGCUGGAGAAGAUAAGACACACACUAAGAUGCCUUAGGGGGAAACCCAGAUGGUAUUCAUAAGAAAAGGUUUUAAGUCAUUUUCAGAGGGCAAUUGAAACUGGAACUCCAGAGAGACAUGCCAGAACAUACUGGAACACAAGGAUGCAAGUAAGACAAGGCAAGGCCACUGACUCCUGAGGUACCUAAAUAGUUUUCACAGUGAUACCAAGAAAGUCUCAAAGAUAUUUGUAAAUUCUCUACCAUUUAUAUUAUUUUUUUCAUGUGAAUAUGUGAUACUGGUGAACUGUAGCUCGCAUAUACUUGACUGUCAUCACACCACUGUAUUUCCUUCACUGACUUCUGUUCAUGUCUCCCUUGGUAUGAUUUUAGUAAACAGCUGUUUACUUA